AUGGCGGAGAAAGAAGUUCCCCUUACGGCCGUCAAGGUCGAGGCCUUGGUGGUGAUGAAAAUCAUCAAGCACUGCUCUCAGACUUUCCCGACGACUGCGACCGGUUCGAUCGUUGGUAUGGACUCGGACGGUGUCCUCGAGAUCACAAAUUGCUUCCCUUUCCCCGUCAUUGAAGUUCCCCCGGAGUCGCACUUUGAAAACGCUGCGGCCAAUCCGGCUGCCGCCGCCCCUCGCGCAAAGGCCAACACUGUCUACCAGGCCGAAAUGAUUCGCAUGCUUCGGGAGGUCAACGUUGAUGCCAACAACGUCGGUUGGUACACCAGUGCCAACAUGGGCAACUUUGUCAACAUGAACGUGAUCGAAAACCAGUUCUUUUAUCAGAAAGAGAUGAACGAGCGGACAGUUGCCCUUGUGCACGACGUCAGCCGCAGUGCCCAGGGAAGCCUAAGCCUGAGGGCAUUCCGCUUGUCCCCCAAGUUCAUGGCUGCCUUCAAGGAGAACAAGUUUACCUCUGAUGAGCUGCAAAAGUCCAACUUGAGAUUCCAGGACAUCUUCGUUGAACUCCCGGUACAAAUCCACAACUCUCACCUGAUCACGUCUUUCAUCCAUCAGCUCCAGUGCCCCAGCCAGUCGGCUCCCACGGAUCUUCCCCCGUCUCUUGCCGCCCUGGAAUCUGGACCCUUCGUCAAGGACAACCUCUUGGCGCCCAACUACGAUAACCUGUCCCUCAGCAUCGACCCGUUCCUCGAGAAGAACUGCGACCUUCUUCUGGACAGCAUUGAGGUCCACCACACCGAGACCAACAACUACCAGUACUACCAGCGGUCGCUUGCUCGCGAGCAGAGCAAGAUCACGAAUUGGCAGAACAAGCGCAAGUCGGAGAACGCCAGCCGCGCGGCCCUCAAACAGCCUCUUCUCCCCGAGGACGAAUGGCAGCGACUGUUCAAGCUGCCUCAGGAGCCCAGUCGUCUGGAGACCAUGCUAAACAGCCGACAGGUGGAGCAGUACGCGCGCCAAGUCGAUAGCUUCGUCUCCGCCACAACUGGGAAGAUGUUUGCCGUCAAGGGCAACCUGAUGCCGGGUGAAACCGCCAAAUAG